AUGACUUUUGCAAAUAGAAUUGGUAAUCUCUUGAAGAAAUCUAUAACUUCCGGUUCAUUAUUGCAAGCAACAAGGGAAACUGGACAGUCCAAGGGGUUUGGCUUUGUGACAUUUACUUAUAGCAAAGAAGCCUCUGCUUCCAUUAGUGGCAUGGAUGGAAAGAAUGUUCAUGGCCGGAUGAUUAGAGUUAAUUAUGCUACUGAUCAAACGGGUGAAUUUCAUGGUGGUGGUUAUGGAGGCAGCUAUGGUAGUGGUGGCUAUGGUGGCGGGGGUGGUGCUUUUGGAGGUGGCUAUGGUGGUGCUGCUUUUAUCGAAUAA